AUGAGGCGCUGCUUAUUGGAAAAAGUGCUCAGACGUCUUAACGACCAGCGUUUUAAGGCAGGCGACCAAGAGGCAUGGAGUUUACGAAGAAAUUAUGACGCGCAGGAGUUUUUGGCGUGCCUUUUGAGCAAAAUUGAUUCUGAAUUAGCUUCUUGCGCAAGCAGUGAAAGUGAAAAGCGCUCGAAAUUGGUAUCAUCCCUUUUCCCAGCAUUUGGUUUCGUGUUGACGCGCAAAAUUGUCUGCAUAAGCUGCGCCAAUGAAGUGGAAAAUAUUGCGGAAGACAUGUUUUUGUCAGUUCACAUCAAGCAUGAUGAAAGCGAUGAUCCGCUAUCGAUCCAGACGCUGCUGGAUAAAGGCAUGAUCAAUCAAAUCGUUGAACACAGAUGCCCACAAUGCAAUGAAAAUUCGGCAAUUCAAUACCAUUAUUACUCCCGCUUACCGAAGUAA